AUGGAGGUGAGCGGCUCGGCGCACGACCUCGGCGACAGCUUCUCCUACGGCUGGCUCAACCAGGCGCCGCCCUCCUUCGACCGCCUGGCUGCCGACGCCGGUCAGUAUUCCUCCGGGGGCUCCAGGUCCUCCUUCAUCGACAUGGAGGACCCCUCCGAGCUCUUCUCCAUGCGGUGGACCACGACGGCGGCGACCGACUUUGACUUCGGCCUCCCGGCGCCAGGCGACGGAGGCGCCGCGUCCCCCGCGCAGCUGGUCAGCGCCAGCCAGAUCUUCCGCGGCGGCCGCCUCCUCCCCUGCGAGCCCGGCGGCUGCUCCGGCACCUCUGUGCAAGAAGACGGCGACGGCUCGGUGGCCCGUCGCGCCAAGGACGCCGUGCCGCGGUUGUCGCCUCCGUCGUCGCCGCUGUUCCACUCGGCGCAGAGCACGCCGCUGUCGCUGAGCGCGUGCUCCAGCGCGACGAGCAAGCACGCCGGGCAGCGCCCGAUGACGAGGCGGCGCGGCGGGUCGUCGCCGUGGAAGGUGCUGCUGAGGUACGUGCGGUUCCUGAUGCCGCUGUACCGCAAGGCCCGGGCGAGGCACGCGCACAGCAGGGUGGCGCCGGCGGGGAGCCCGUCGCGCGGGUCCACGUCGAGCGCCGUCGAGUGGUGCCACGGCAAUGCCGACACGGCCGUCCACGACGCCAUCCUCUACUGCAAGAAGUCCAGCGUAAGUGCACCUUCUCAGAUCAAACUAUCGUCAUUGUUAUAG